GUUUACAUGUAUGCUCUAGAUUUAGACAAUUACUAGAAACUCAAAUGUAGCCUACUAGCUUAUACGUUAUCAGAGCUGUUCCAAGAGAACAAAAGUUUCUUGUAAAGAAAGUUUAGAUUCAAGUGUCUGUUCAGCAUGCCGAAACGUUAUGUGGACAACGCUUUAAACAGACGACUGGGUCGAGUUGGAAUGAUCCAUGGAACUGCUGUACAUAGUAUCACCAGUGGCUCCAACUUAUGCACCUAUAGAACUUAUGUUGAUAAUCCUUUGAAUCGGAAGCUCUGGCGAGUUGGGUUGCCUUUAGGAAGUGCUGUCUACUCAAGAUCAAGUGACACCGGUUCUAGUUCAGAUUUUGAAAUCCCGAUCAGCGCAUAUAGGCCUACAUCACCCAACGAGAUCUUACGUGAAACAGCCUUCCAAAGAAUACGACCAUCUACUACACCAGACAGAGAAAGUGACUCUGGAUCAAGUGACACUAGUUCUAGUUCAGAUUUUGAUUUUGAAAUUCCGAGCAGCAGAUCUAGAUUUCGCAGUGACAAUUUGUGUGACACACUAUUCCAAAGUGUUGGACCAUCUAGUAGUCGAACACCAAAUAGAGAAAGUGACUCUGGAUACAGCAGCAUCAGCUCUAGAACUCAUGUUGAUAACACUUUAAAUCGGACGCUGGGACGAGCCGGCCUGCAUUUAGGAACUGCUGUUCAUUCAAGAUCAAGUGACUCUAGCUCAAGCUCAAGUGAGGAUUUGGAUAUUCCGAGCAGCAGAUCUAGAUCUCGCAGUGACAAUUUGUGUGACACACUAUUCCAAAGAGUCGGACCAUCUAGUGGUCGAACACCAAAUAGAGAAAGUGACUCUGGUCUACGGACGAUUGGUCUUGAAGAUAGGACAGCUAUCAAUAAUCAACAUAAAGAUGACAAAAGUUCUAACAGGGGUCUAGAAAAUGUAACAGCUGUUAAACAUAAAGUUGACAACAUUACAAAUCGAGGUCUGGGACACGGAGCAGCUGUUAAAUAUACAGAUGACAACAGUACAAAGCAAGACCUGGAACAUAGUACAGCUGUUAAACAUAAAGACAACAGUACAAGACAAGACCUGGAACAUAGUACAGCUGUUAAACAUAAAGACAACAGUACAAGACAAGACCUGGAACAUAGUACAGCUGUUAAACAUAAAGACAACAGAACAAGACAAGACCUGGAACAUAGUACAGCUGUUAAACAUAAAGACAACAGUACAAGACAAGACCUGGAACAUAGUACAGCUGUUAAACAUAAAGACAACAGUACAAGGCGAAGUUUAGAAUGCGGAACUACUGAUCAACUUAAAGUGGCUAACAACAAAAGGAGUGUUUCAAGUCUAACUGCACAUUUGAAUGCCUUCUCCCUCCAGGAAACAAGACUUUAUAAAGAUAACAAGUUGAAUCGCAGACUAGGCAGAGUUGGUAAACCAUUGGGUACACAUAAAUACAAUCCCAAUCAACUUGUACAUAAAACUUACGUUGACAAUGACUUCAACAGAAGGCACAACAGAGUUGGGAAACCAAUAGGAAGUAUGCCAGUAACCACCAAAGAGAGAUUUUAUAAAGAUAAUAUACUUAACAAAGAGCUCGGCAGAGUUGGCUUUCCUUGGGGGAAAUGCCCAGACAAGCCAAAUGCUACACUGAUGAGCUUAUUGCAUGACUUGAAUUACGCUGAAGAUGUUCCUGACUACAUUUCUGAAAUCUACGAGCUGGACGUCUCGAACAAGGAAACCAUUGAGACAUACUUUAUAAUAAAAGAGAGAGAAAAAUCUGUCAGAAAGUGGCUGGAGGAAGAGUGUCGAACUCCUUGGGAAGCGCACCAGCACACCGUCAACGAGAUCAUCAAGAACUACCGAGGACAAGUCAUCAACUGCAAAGAUCUCAAGUUUAUUGAUGUAAUCGGGCACGGACAUUUCGGAGACGUCCACUUUGCUGAAUGGAUUGAAGGUCAGGCAGUAGCAGUGAAGGUUCUUAAGGAUCAGAGCGUCUCCCAGAGGAAACGUCGAGACUUUGAAAGAGAGAUUCUGCUGUACUGUGAGCUUGAUCAUGCCAACAUUGUCCAGUUCCUAGGUGCCUGCAUUGAGUUCCCACACCUGGCUAUAAUUAUGGAGUAUAUGGACAUAAGCCUGCACGAAGCUCUCCAUCUCAAAGACGUUGACAUCCCACCAACUGACAGAACUUCUGUUAUGAAACAAAUGACCAAAGGUUUAUCGUACCUUCACAGGAACGGUAUCGUACACUGUGAUCUGAAACCGCACAACAUUUUGCUCAACAAUAUUCCUGGGGAAGAAGCCUCUAACCCAGACUUGCCAAUCAUAGCGAAACUGACUGAUUUCGGUCUUAGCUUUAUGAAAUACGAUACAGAAUCCUCCGCGUCUAAAACAUCUCCUGUGAAAAACAUCGGCACACCAAGAUACUCAGCUCCUGAAGUAUUGCGAGGUGCCGCGCUGUUCGCCGAUGACAUGAUGAAAGCGGAUGUUUAUUCUCUGAGUCUUACGAUUCUAGAGCUUCUGCUUGAAGAAGUGCCUUUCGAAAACCUCAGCCUUAGUCAGCUUAGAAAGCAAGUUGGAGAGAACGAGUUGAAGCCGAAGAUGAAGAACGGACAUAUUUUGAAGCAGCCAUUGAAAUCUCUGCUUGAAAGAGCUUUGAGCAGUGACCCUGCAAUAAGAUCAAGCGCCAGAUAUCUUUCCGACGUAUUCGAAAGUUUUCAAAACGCCUACAGAGAGUAGACUAGCCAAUUAUCUUGGCUUGCCCACCUAAGUGUUAUCAUAUUUCUGUUCUUUUUGGCCAUAUUUUAUACAUUCUGUAAGGUUUAUGUCAUAACGUCGCACUGACAUGCUGUGCUACAAGGAUAUGCCGUAAGGAGAUGUGGUAGAAGGUUUCGGUUGGUAGCGUGAGACUUUUGUCCAGCAAAGCUGCAGUGGGAUCUCUUUACCUAAAUGUUCAUUUAGUUCCAAAACUAGAAAAAUGUUGAAAACAUGAAUACCACAAAUACAGCGUCAAAUGUGCCAUCUGUUUGUUCAUCUUUAUGGGUUUCCAUGAUUGAUUGUUAUUUAACCUUUUGAGUAUUUAGUUCUUAUAUUUACUCACUAAAAAGUAACCUUGUUAGUGUCAUACUUUCUUUUUUUUAUGUAGCUUUUUUCUUUUUUGAAUAAAAGGAAAACAUAUAUUUAACUUUUUACAUCGAAGUGUAUUUGUACAGUUUUGAUACAUGCCAAAAUGAAGUUAAAUAUAUAUAUUAUAUAUACGAAUAGUGCACAUUGUACACAAUCAAUAACGCACAUUUCUUAAACAAGAUUUAAGAACUAGGAACUAGGAAUGAAUUCCAUGUAUUACUUGUCGAGAAAGACAUGAACAAAUGUCUAUUUCUUAAACACUGUUUCCAAAGGACUCUCAUCAACUUGAUAAAUGAAAUCACAUUCGUUUUGCGUGGUCUCGGCUCCAUCAGCCAUUGCAGGGUUAUCCCCGCCAUAGUCAAAAUGGAGGUCGAGCCUCACGAUGGAGUCCAUUUUAAUCCAUGCCACCUCUACAUGCGAUUCCCGUGAGAAACAGCACGGCGAAUGGGAAAAUGGUAUAAAAGCCUUUCUCUAUUCCUCGUUACUUUCGUUACUUCGUUACUUCGAAAGCUUACUGGAAAGUAUUAUUUCUUUUCUCUUUUCGCGAAUCCCUUUCCUAAUAAUAUAGACAUUUCCACGAGGGUGCCAUGAUGAGAGCUGUAGUUUAGUUGACAUACAACAGAUGUUGCCAUAUAUUGUUUAUCUCUUUCACUACAUGUUGAGCAUCCUAUAAUGGAAACGCUGGCCGUAUAUUUGUUGGCAAAUUUGCUAUCAAUGAAUAUUUCAUUCAAAAGGAGGUUGGAUUGAGGUUAUUGAAAGUUUAUCUUUCUUAGCGACUGAUGGUCAUUCUAAAAAUCUGCCUUUUUACUUUUGUGUCAAAAUCGCAUUUGUAAUCUUUGUAAUCUUGUUUGAUGUAAAUAAUAACAUUGAAUGAUUAUCGUGCUAUUCUCCUCUCUCAAAAAGGAUAAUCUUUUUUCUUGAAGAGCAAACCUUAAUAAAGUCAAUAGCCCCUCCCCCCCCCCCCAGAUUAUUGUAAGGGUCUAUAACCCAAAACCACGGUCCCCAAUAUCAACAAUUAUAUAUGGCAUUUGGGUGUGUUAUCAUUUACUGAUAUACUACUGCUAGUAUUGACUAAUGCGAUAUCAACUGAACUGAUCAUUUUAUUUGUAGUGAGUUACAUCUGGUUGAUAUGAUCAUUUUAUUUGUAGUGAGUUACAUCUGGUUGAACUUAUCAUUUUUUGUGUAGUAAGUUACAUCUGGUUGAACUGAUCAUUUUAUUUGUAGUGAGUUACAUCUGGUUGAACUGAUCAUUUUAUUUGUAGUGAGUUACAUCUGGUUGAACUGAUCAUUUUAUUUGUAGUGAGUUACAUCUGGAUGAACUGAUCAUUUUAUUUGUAGUGAGUUACAUCUGGUUGAACUGAUCAUUUUAUUUGUAGUGAGUUACAUCUGGUUGAACUGAUCAUUUUACUUGUAGUGAGUUACAUCUGGUUGAACUGAUCAUUUUAUUUGUAGUGAGUUACAUCUGGUUGAACUGAUCAUUUUAUUUGUAGUGAGUUACAUCUGGUUGAUAUGAUCAUUUUAUUUGUAGUGAGUUACAUCUGGUUAAACUGAUCAUUUUUUGUGUAGUAAGUUACAUCUGGUUGAACUGAUCAUUUUAUUUGUAGUGAGUUACAUCUGGUUGAACUGAUCAUUUUAUUUGUAGUGAGUUACAUCUGGUUGAACUGAUCAUUUUAUUUGUAGUGAGUUACAUCUGGAUGAACUGAUCAUUUUAUUUGUAGUGAGUUACAUCUGGUUGAACUGAUCAUUUUAUUUGUAGUGAGUUACAUCUGGUUGAACUGAUCAUUUUAUGUGUAGUGAGUUACAUCUGGUUGAACUGAUCAUUUUAUUUGUAGUGAGUUACAUCUGGUUGAACUGAUCAUUUUAUUUGUAGUGAGUUACAUCUGGUUGAACUGAUCAUUUUAUUUGUAGUCAGUUACAUUUGGUUAAACUGAUAAUUUUAUUUGUAGUGAGUUACAUCUGGUUGAACUGAUCAUUUUAUUUGUAGUGAGUUACAUCUGGAUGAACUGAUCAUUUUAUUUGUAGUGAGUUAAAUCUGGUUGAACUGAUCAUUUUAUUUGUAGUGAGUUACAUCUGGUUGAACUGAUCAUUUUACUUGUAGUGAGUUACAUCUGGUUGAACAGAUCAUUUUAUUUGUAGUGAGUUACAUCUGGUUGAACUGAUCAUUUUAUGUGUAGUGAGUUACAUCUUGUUGAACUGAUCAUUUUAUUUGUAGUGAGUUACAUCUGGUUGAACUGAUCAUUUUAUUUGUAGUGAGUUACAUCUGGUUGAACUGAUCAUUUUAUUUGUAGUCAGUUACAUUUGGUUAAACUGAUAAUUUUAUUUGUAGUGAGUUACAUCUGGUUGAACUGAUCAUUUUAUGUGUAGUGAGUUACAUCUUGUUGAACUGAUCAUUUUAUUUGUAGUCAGUUACAUCUGGUUGAACUGAUCAUUUUAUUUGUAGUGAGUUACAUCUUGUUGAACUGAUCAUUUUAUUUGUAGUCAGUUACAUUUGGUUAAACUGAUAAUUUUAUUUGUAGUGAGUUACAUCUGGUUGAACUGAUCAUUUUAUUUGUAGUCAGUUACAUCAUGUUGAACUGAUCAUUUUAUUUGUAGUGAGUUACAUCUGGUUGAACUGAUCAUUUUAUUUGUAGUGAGUUACAUCUGGUUGAACUGAUCAUUUUAUUUGUAGUGAGUUACAUCUGGUUGAACUGAUCAUUUUAUUUGUAGUGAGUUACAUCUGGUUGAACUGAUCAUUUUAUUUGUAGUGAGUUACAUCUGGUUGAACUGAUCAUUUUAUUUGUAGUUAGUUACAACUGGUUGAACUGAUCAAUUUAUUUGUAGUGAGUUACAUUUGGUUGAACUGAUCAUUUUAUUUGUAGUGAGUUACAUCUGGUUAAACUGAUCAUUUUAUUUGUAGUGAGUUACAUCUGGUUGAACUGAUCAUUUUAUUUGUAGUGAGUUACAUCUGGUUGAACUGAUCUUUUUAUUUAUAUUGAGUUAUUACUUGUUGAACUGAUCAUUUUUUUUUUUGUAGUGUGUUAUACCUUGUUGAACUGAUUAUUUUAUUUGUGGUUUUGCAUAUAUCUACUUUCAAGUUGAACCUGUGUAUAUUUAGCCCAAUAAAUGAAAGUUCUAUUUA